AUGCUUGACCAACAACAAGAAAUUUGUAAACCUUCUGAUUUUAAAAGGCUUGGCUUUCAAUCCCUAUGUGCCUACGUUCAAAAUCAUUCCCAACAUUGUGAGGGUGGCGGUUAUUUACCUUGGACAGAAUUUAAAGCUUGUGCUUCUUCCUCAUCAAAUUUACAAUUUUUGAUUGUUAUUGUUGCAAUUAUUUUCUUUUUGUUUUUAUUUUUACAUUUGAGUGUUACAGCAGAUUCUUUUUUCUGUGAGAAUAUUGCUGCUAUUGUUGAUGUACAUAAUAUUUCACAAAAUAUUGCGGGGAUUACUUUCAUGGCCUUCGGCAAUGGUGCCCCAGAUAUUUUUGGCUCAAUCGUCUCAGUUAUUUCCGUCCCAAAACCUAGAGCAGAUUUAGCAAUAAGCGAAUUACUAGGUGGAAGUAUAUUUGUAACAACUUGUGUUGUAGCUGCAAUAGCCUUAAGCAGGCCAUUUUUAUUAAUGAGGCGGCCAAUUUUGAGAGAUAUUUGUUUUCAUUCAGCAGCACUAAUUUUACUUUUAAUUGUUGCAAAUUGGGAAGGAAAAAUGCCUUUAUGGCAGCCACUAGCCUUCCUUGUCCUCUACUCAAUUUAUGCAACAACAGUAGUUUCCGGAAAUUUAUUUAGACAAAAAAUGUUGAGAGAGAGAAAAAAGAAGAAGAAAAGUGAAGAAGAUUUAGGGAAAGUUCAAAGAGCAAUUGCAAAAAUUAUGCCAAAAAAGAUUACGCCUUUAGAGAUUUGUGCUAUAGAAGAAGGAAAAUCUCCAAAAAAUGAAGAAAAUAAAAAGAAAACAAUAGAAAAUGAAAAGAGUAAGGAAAAAGAAGAGACGGACAGACAAAAUGCUCAAGAUCAACAACAAAGACAACGUUCAGUACUUCAACUUCCUAUAAAUACUUUAACUAUUCCAAAAAUAACAACAAAUGUUUGUGUAAAUGAUGAUACUCCAGUAGAAGAAGAAGGAGAAAAAGAAGAAGAAUUUCAUGCUUUAGAUUAUUUAGAAGAAGGCAAAUUUUUUGGAAAGGAAGAAUUAGACGCGGAAGGGGAAAGAGCUUUAAGUAGAUCAACUUCUCCUUUGCCGUUGGAUAUUUCUGGAGGUUUUUUAAUUUUAAAGUUUUUCCGUCUUUUAGUCCAUGAAAGGUGA